UAAUGAUGGAAGCAUCUUAAGCAUCUUCAACGAGGAAACCGAUUCUCUUUUGAGAGAGUAUCGACGACAAAUAAUUCAACUACAAAUGGAGAAUAGGUCCUUUAAAAAGUCUAAUAUGCGCAUGCAAGAUAAAGUCGUCAAUUGUUUUGAGACAAUACACUCAAGUAUCAAAAGGGUAGGUUCAACAGCUCAACAGGAGCUGGAAAAACAAUUAAUAUCCGGAGAAAAGCUGGAAAUUGGAGAGGUGAAUCCUGCAAAAAACGAAAUCCAUGCAGGCCACGGGGUAUGGAUUGAUCGAGACGUAUACGAUACUAUUCGUUUCUAACCAAAGAUCAUUGCGCAGAAAUUUAUAAAAGGUAUCGCCACAGCAAUAUUUUCAAAUGAAGUCCUUAAAAGCAGCACUGUGAAAGGCUCAAAAAAUGGGAAACCUGCACUUCCUCCAGCAGGUCUCAAAGCUCUAUCUGAUCUAAAUCGAGACUUGACCAAAAAAAGGAAAAGAAGUACGAGAAAAGACAAAGAUAAAUCGUGCAAAAAGCCCAAGAAGGAACAAAACUCUAAAGAAUUCAUUCUGGAAAGUGACUCCAACGAUGACACAAAUGGCACGAAUAAGACAAAUACUAUGGAAGAUGAAGAAGUCGAGUUAGAUAACUUGAAUCCUUCUAAAACUAGAAAAUAUAAAGAUGGGGCGGACAAAGGAGAUCGGGUGAAUGAUUCUAAAAGUAUUGAAGAAGAAGAGGCUGAGACAGAUGACGUUGACCCUCUCGAUUCUAAAAAUGAUAAAGAUGUUGAGGAGAAAGCAGAUGAGGAUACGAAAGAUGAAAAAGGUGAGGUAGAUGAGGAUCCUGUGAAAACUAACAUCGAUGAAGAAGGAGAGAAUAAGGCAGAUGACGUGAAUAAUUCUGAAUUUGAGGAAGAUGAAGAGGAAAUGAUGCCAGCGUUCUUUGAAGUAGUAAUGAAUGAUCCUGAAGCAUAA